AGCAACUGGUGGAAGUGAACGCAAUUUAAUGGAUGAGAGAAGGAUAAAUCGUCGAUCUACGUAGAUAAUAGGCUUCAGUUUUUUCUUUGACAGAUAGGAAAAGGUCACAAAAUGCCUUUGUUUGGCCAAAACCCGUUCGAUCAGGAUGUGGAGAAAGCAACUAGUGAAACCAACACAGUGGAGGACUGGGGCCUCAUUAUGGAUAUCUGUGACCGCGUUGGGACAGCUCCAAAUGGUGCAAAGGAUUGUCUGAGGUCAAUCAUGAAACGAGUAAACCACAAGGUCCCUCAUGUCGCUAUGCAAGCAUUAACGUUGCUAGGUGCCUGCGUUUCAAACAGUGGAAAAAUCUUUCACCUAGAAAUCUGCUCACGGGAGUUUGCAAGUGAAGUCCGUGGUGUGUUGAACAGGGCUCACCCGAAGGUUAAUGAGAAACUGAAGGCCCUGAUGGCGGAGUGGGCUGAAGAUUUCCAGAAAGACCCGCAACUGAGUCUCAUCGGUGCCACUAUCAAAUCCCUGAAAGAAGAAGGGGUGACCUUUCCCACCGCAAACCCACAGAGCUCCAGCACAAAGCCCAGCAGCACUCCUGCCACCAGCAGAGCUUCUGCUGAUGAUGAUCUGGCCAAAGCCAUUGAGCUGUCCUUACAGGAGCAGAAACAGCAGACAGAGACACGACCCCUCACAGUGAUCGCCGAUCCACCCUACAACACCAAUGGAGGGAAAGAGUCACGUAAAGUGCGCGCCCUCUACGAUUUUGAGGCGGCUGAAGACAAUGAGCUCACUUUUAAGGCUGGAGAACUCGUGAUUAUCCUAGACGACAGUGACCCAAACUGGUGGAAAGGCGAGAACCAUAGAGGAGUAGGUCUCUUCCCAUCAAACUUUGUCACCACCAAUCUGAAUGCUGAACCAGAUCCAGUGAUAUAUGUUGAGAAGACCGUAGUCCCAGAGGAGCCGAUUGUUGAAGUCAAAGCUGAGCCUGAGCCUGUGUAUAUAGAUGAGGAGAAGAUGGACAAAACUCUGUACCUUCUCCAGAACACAGACCCUGCAGAUGCCACUCCCGACGGUCCAGAGCUGCUCACGUUAGAAGAUGCUUGUGAAAAGAUGAACCCACUGAUUGACGAGAAACUACAAGAGAUUGACAGGAAGCACUCCGAGUUGUCCGAACUGAAUGUGAAGGUUCUGGAAGCUCUUGAGUUGUAUAACCAGUUAAUGAAUGAGGCUCCACUGUACAAUGCAUACUCCAAAAUGCAGUCUCUCCAAGGCACUUACCCAGCAGCCCCUCCUCAUCUCUCUAUGCAGGGCUAUCAGCCAUCAGGAGCCUACAUGUCUGCUGGUGUUCCACAGGGCUAUAGUCUCACAGACCAAGCUGGCCCGCUCUGCUCGAUGCCUCCUUCAAUCAAUUCAGUGGCUCCCAGCCAGCCUGCACAACCUUCUUACAUCAGUGGCCCCAUGAAUGCACCAUAUGUAAACCAAGCCCCCGGAGGCCCCACCCCUUACCCGCAACAGAUGGGUGUGUCUAUGGACAUGUCAGCCUAUCAAAACGGUAAUCCUGGUCUGCCUCCCACCUCCUAUCCAAUGUCAGCUCCAGCCCAACCUGCCCCUCAGCAGCAACAAGCAGCUUUCUACCAGCAGCCCCUUCUAUAAGGCUACUCGUUCGACUAUACAGCCAUGAAUUUCCAAGUUUAAAUUCCAAACGGUGAAAUGAGGCCGAGGGUAUUUUUCCUCUCUCAAUGCCUAUUGAUGUCAAGGGGUAUGCAAAGAUAUACUGACAUAUGGCGUCAGCGGACAGACAUGUAAUCCUCUCGAAAAUGCAUUUAUUUUUUUCUUCUCCCAUUUACUAACUCAUGAAGAGGUUUAGGGCUGUUGAUGGAAUCGGUCACACUAAUCGUAAACGAUAUUUUCACCAUCUUGUGAUAAACACCAGCAUAUGUGACUCUUUCUCUAAUUGUGAAUUAAGAUAUAAUGGUAAAAUGCGUAUAUCUUUAAGAGUUUUAUUUAAUUGUUGCCAUUUUUCAUUUGUUUCUGGGUCAGCCAAUUCUAAACUUUAAUUUCUUGCUCUUCGAUAGCAAAUGUGAGGGUUUUUAUAAUGAAUAUCACCAUGCAUUAUGGAGAGGACAAAUGUGUGAAGAAGAUUAUAUGUGAUCACCAAAUCUGGAACGAAUUUCUGUGCCAAUACACAGAGCACUUGUGUAAACUCCUACAAUCAGAACGACGGUUUUAGAGGGAGAUGUUUCAUUUAAUAUUUCAUCAAUUCCUUUGCUUCAGAAACUGACGGUGGUCACAAAUGCAAUCCCUUUAUGGUCAAUCCAUAUGUUUCGUUGUAUAAUGAUAUUUAUGAUAUGCAAGUACUGCUUGUGUUUGCAUUGUGGGUGUUUGCUGUUGUUUGACUUAAUUUAAGCAUGUAAAAAUGCAUACGGUGUAAGUCAUCCGGUCUACGAUUUUUUUCAGCCCGGAAAUUAAUUAAUUGUCAUUUUCUGCUUCUUACGUAUGUGCUUUCUCACCCAUUUCGUCUUGCCUGAAAUGGGAAAAUGUAUGAUUCCUUUAUAGUUCAUAUAGUCCGCUUUCAUUCUCGUUCAAUUUGGAUUAAUGUAGUAAAAUAUAAAUGAAAAAAAUGUCUCUUUCAUAGACAGAUGUUGUAUAUUAGAUGUUUAAUAUCUGGCUGUACCGCACCUUAACUUUAUAAACAUUUAUUUACCACCAGAUGCCUUGUUCUUUCACGAAACAAAAAUAAAUGUAGAAACCAAUACGGAGAACUUAUUUCAGGAGCUGCUGUAUAUUUGUAAACCUGUACGUUUAAGAGAUUUAGAGGGAAAACUGUAUUGUACUCAUGGACUCAAUGUUUUGUAACAUCAAGAUUUCUUUAUAUCCUGCCUGCUCUUUUUUUUUUUUUUUUCUCUCAAAUUCCUUUUGUAACAUGGUGAACUCUUAUAGUCUUCAGAAAAUAAAAACUACCUGUGUUUCAAA